AUGGACUUCCUCACGACGUUCAAAUGGUGCAAGCCCAUGCGGCGGGCGGGGCCACAGUCCAUCCGACUCAAGACUGAGACCCCAGAUACGACUUACGGAAUACACGUGCUGGUCCCCACUUUUACAAUGAUCCGGCCCACUAGCGAAGGACCCACUGUCCUAUCAGAGACCUUCUUGUGGCGCGGUCAGUACCCGACGAUCUGGUCCCGCGACAUUUAUUUUGGAGCCGGCGGCCACUCGGGCGAUCGCACCAGAAGACCCGAGCUUGGGAAGCCAAGAAAACUCUCGGUAAAUCACGCAACGUCGCGGUUGCCUGUCGAGCUGAAAGGGGGGAACGGGGAGAUCCUGGCUUCCCUCGUCUGCCUGGUGGGGGGCCUCCUGAUAAGCACUAAUUACAUCCUCGUCCUGGAGAAGCGAAAAGUGGUGGAGGAUCUGCCGCAGUAG